AUGGAUACCUUGGCCGUGACAGCGGCCAGCUCGCCCACUUUUCCUUUAUUUCCCUACCUUCCUCCCGAACUACGCGCCAUGAUCUGGCGUGCCGCCUUGCCUGAAAAAGACUCCCCGGCAUUUACUCCAUAUCGAGGUGGCAGUUGGAACCCUUCUCCAGUGCCAACUACUAGCAUCCACUUCGGGGAGUGGGAGUACCGCUUCGAUUUGGACGUAAUCCGUGUCAAGAUACCCCUCGCCUCCGUGAACCAUGAGGGCCGUAACAUCGCUAUCACUUGGGCCCACAAACAGGGCAUUGAGUUUAGCUUCGAUAAGAAGAGACGGUGCAAUAUAUAUAUUCGCCGUCCUGACGAAAUGCGGGACAUGAUCUGCUUUUGCGAUGAUGUCGUGAUGUUUAUCAUCGCGGGUAAGCAUCCCGCAUUUGGUGUCACGUCUGGGGAUUUCGCAAAGGCACCACCGCGGUGGGUGCUUGAUGCCACUCAUCAAGGAGAAGCAAUUGUGUGGGACCGAACAAUCAAGAGGCUUGAGGUGAGGAGUGGCAACCAACUCCUCAACGACCACUCCUAUGAGCGGGUCAUUGAAGCCGCCCAUGCGGUAUCUGACCAUCUUGCCGCGUCCAUGCGCGGAGUAAACUACUUCGAGAUACGGGCCGCCCACGCGACCAGACUGUAA